AUGCGCCAUCUCCUCCUCACAAUGGCCCCUUCUUACCAGAAAAAACCCACCACCGCAAAACCCAGUUCCGCCACCCCCGCCAACGCCAACCACCAAGUCCACCACCAUGCAAAUACCCCAAAUUGCCCUUCCCUCUGCAGGCACUCCCCUUCAGCCACCCUUGACAUCCUUAUUUUCAUCAUUGUUCUCUUUUCUGGGACCUUUCUUAUUAUCUCCUACUUCUCUUAUAUCUUCCAGGCGUUUUCCCUCCUCCUCCCCCCCUUUUCCGCCCUUGUUUCUCAGCUUUACUAUCAUAUAUCAUCUGAUGCCCAAUCUCAGUACAUCUUUUUCGGGUUAUUUUUGCUUUCUUUUCUUGUAUUUGUCGUGUUUUUCGAGAUCUGUUGUGGGUUCAGAUCGAGGAGAUGCGGGAAGAUUGGGUGUAAAGGAUUGAAGAAGGCCAUGGAGUUUGACUUGCAGUUACAGGGAGAGGAGUUGUUGCGGUCGGAGAAUAAGGCAGUUAGGGAUGUCAAUGAAUUGCCAUGGAAGGGUGAUUGCGAGGAUAAUCCGGAUUAUGAAUGCCUCCGUGCGGAGUUGAGGAAGAUGUCCCCAAACAAUGGACGUGCAGUCUUGCUUUUCCGUGCGAAAUGUGGGUGCCCGGUUGCCAAACUGGAAGGAUGGGGACCUAAGCGUGGUCGGCGCCACAAGAAGAGUCUCGCUCUUACUGGCGGAGGAGACAAUCGCUGA